AACAAGUUGUUUCUGAGUGUGCUGUCAGAGGCACAGAGAGGGCCAGGAUACUACACGGACACUGAGGAGAGCGGAAUACUCUGUCUGGAGCAGCUACAUAUAUGAGACCAGAAAGAUCCACUGCUGCCCUGUCAUGUAGCUCGAAUCGAUUCCUUCUGGGAUUUUCUACAGUUUGGGAUGGAUCGUGCUCGCUGCUCAUCCUGGAAGCAUGUAGAUCCACCUCUCUGCAGAGAGAUAUUCAGGGCUCUAGAAAUGCCUGGAGUGGACACUAAAACUUCACUGCUGAUCUGCUUUUUACUUUAGAACUCUUCCUCCUCGAUGGCAAACAAGUGACUACCUGACCUAAAGCAACAUCCAUGUCCACUGAAAUGACAUUCUAUAUGCUAUUUCUAAGUUGUUGGUGUGGGCUACGAUGGUGGACUAACUUUCCGCUCAUUUUGUAUAUCUUUUAUUAAUGUCUUGAUCUGCAGUUAUGUAGUCUACUUGUUAUUUUUGCUUUUUACAAAUUCAUCUCACAGUCUUCCCUCAGUUUGGCCAGUUUCAGCACAUAUUUUUGUAUGGCACUUUUUUAUUUCCUUAUUUAUUAUUGAAUUUUGUUAAUUGUUUUGCUCUAAUGAUUCCCGGGAAAACAUUUUAAUGGAUUUUAUCUCUUUGAAGUUCUCCUCAGUGCUGCAGCUUUUGGUUGUUUGUUUACAUCUGCAGCACUUUAGAACAUGAUGUCAUUUCAUUUUUUUCUGAUCUCAAAAGGCAAACGUGUGCUUUAUGCCAAUUGGUGAUGCUAGACGGACAUAGUUAUGCUAAGAACCCAUAAUAUAUUUGUGUGUCUCGAGGAACAGAGCUUGAGCUCUCCAUGGGCCUAAAGUCAUCCAGUGAUGAUUUAUCCCUUGGGACCAGCAUCUCUCUGCCACAAACAGGACAGAAGGGGAUAGUGGAAUGUCAGUCACUGGCAUACCGUCAUCUUUGUUUUUGCAUCUGUUCCCCUGCAAGGACUUAAAUGCUUCAUAUUUUAAAGUAAAACUUAUAUAUUUUUCUUUCAUUGUCCAUUUGGGGAUUAUGAAUUUUAUAAAUAUGAAACGUUUUCAAGCAUGGAAAAACUCCCUUCCUUUUCUGUCACAUUUUAAUAUUUAUAAAAGGUUGGACAGUAGCAUGCAGGCAGAUGAGGGCUCAGAAUGGCUUCUAGAGCUCUUGAGUGAGGUGCAGCUGCAGCAGUAUUUCCUACGUAUACGUGAUGAUCUGAACAUCACGCGUCUUUCCCACUUUGAUUACGUCAAGAAUGAAGAUUUGGAGAAAAUCGGCAUGGGCCGGCCUGGCCAGAGGCGUCUUUGGGAGGCAGUAAAGAGAAGGAAAGCUAUGUGUAAACGUAAAUCCUGGAUGAGUAAGGUUUUCAGUGGGAAGCGCCCAGAUUCCGAAUUUCCUCCUCUACCCCAAAGUACUUUUCGUAAACCUCCUAGCCCCCCACCUCCUGAAGGUCAGCAGGCCCUGACAUGUCUCAUCAGUGAAAAAGACAUUUCCCUUUUUGAGAAACUUGGGGAUGGUUCUUUUGGUGUUGUUAGGAGAGGGGAAUGGAACACCCCUAAUGGCAAACUGUUCAAUGUCGCUGUGAAGUGCUUGAAGACAGAUGUACUUACACAGCCAGAUGCCUUGGAUGAUUUUAUUAGAGAGGUCAAUGCCAUGCAUUCUCUUGACCAUGUCAAUCUCAUCAGACUUUAUGGAGUGGUACUUACACAUCCUAUGAAAAUGGUUACAGAACUCGCUCCACUGGGCUCUCUCUUGGACCGCCUGCGUAAGAACCUGGGUCACUUCCUUAUCUCCACACUCUGUCACUAUGCUAUACAGAUUGCUAAUGGAAUGGCCUACCUGGAAUCCAAACGAUUUAUCCACCGGGAUCUUGCAGCUAGAAAUAUCCUCCUUUCUUCAAAUGAUCUGGUUAAAAUAGGAGACUUUGGUCUCAUGAGAGCACUACCCAAAAAUGAUGAUCAUUAUGUCAUGCAGGAGCAUCGUAAAGUACCAUUUGCUUGGUGUGCUCCAGAGAGCCUCAAGACUCGUACAUUUUCUCAUGCAAGUGACACAUGGAUGUUUGGGGUGACAUUGUGGGAGAUGUUUACUUAUGGGCAGGAACCUUGGAUUGGCCUAAAUGGCAGUCAGAUUCUACACAAGAUUGAUAAAGAGGGCGAGCGGCUAGCACGACCAGAAGACAGCCCACAAGACAUCUAUAAUGUCAUGCUGCAGUGUUGGGCUCACAAACCUGAAGACAGGCCCACAUUCGUAGCACUAAGAGACUUCUUGAUAGAGGCUCAGCCAACAGAUAUGAGAGCUCUACAGGAUUUCCAAGAGCCAGAUAAGCUGCAGAUUCAGAUGAAUGAUGUCAUUACUGUCAUCGAGGGCAGGGCUGAGAAUUACUGGUGGAGGGGUCAGAACAAAAGCACACUGAAAGUUGGUCAGUUUCCACGGAACACAGUGACAUCUGUAGCAGGACUGUCUGCUCAUGAUAUUAGUCGACCUCUAAAGAACAGCUUUAUCCACACCGGCCAUGGAGACACUGUGCCAGCUCAUUGCUGGGGCUUCCCUGACAAGAUUGAUGAGCUGUACUUGGGAAAUCCCAUGGAUCCACCUGAUAUUUUAGGACUGGACCAAGGAAUCCCUAGGCCUACUCAACUUCCUGGGAGGGCAAAGAGGGAGCCUCCGCCUCGCCCUCCUCAACCUGCUGCUCUAGUUAAUAAACCAAUUUAUAAUCCUGUCAACGGUGAGGACGACCCUCUUUCAUCUGGAAUCAAAAAGCUCUCCCUCAAGAAGACCACAACCAAAGGACUUAAAUUGGUUAAACCUUCUGCGAGGGUUGCAGGUACCAAAGUGACUGACCGUCAUCUUCUUGGAAUUAAAAGUUGCAGCUUUUCUUCAGGAGAUGUGGCCUUGAUAGACUUUGGAGAAGAUACUAGUCCAUUAAGCCCAGGCUUUAUUUCUCCUUUAGCUGAAAAGACUGCUCCUUCUUUAGCUAAAUUGGCUAUGGAUGCCUUCUCAUUGCUUGAUAAAACUCCUCCCCAGAGUCCCUCACGCUCACUUCCUCGCCCUCUUCAUCCAACACCUGUGGUAGAUUGGGAUACAAAACCUCUUCCAGCUCCUCCAGCUUAUGAUGAGGUGGCACAAGAUGAAGAUGAUUUUGAAGUAUACACUAUAAAUAGUCCGGAUGUUCUGUCAAACAGAGAAAAAGUAACAAUAAACCUGCUUCAGAGUUCUAGAGACAAAGGAGAAACCAACUAUGGUUAUUUACAGGAAAAUGAUAAAGGACAAGCUAGGAUCAAAAUAGAAGACAAUUUGUUUCUGCCUCCGAAGGAUAUAAAACAGCCCUCCAUUUCUCAAACAUCUGAACUUUUUGAGGAGCUGCAGCAAGAAUGCAUGAAGAAGCUCAAUGUUCCUCCUUCCUCCUCACUUGCAUCAACUCCUAGCCCUAGCUCAUCUGUUGCAAAUAUUAAUGUGACUCUAUCAGAGGACAAACCACAAAUACCACCCCGGAUUCCCAUCCCACCCAGACCAAUUAGACGCAAUGAGCAUGACCGCUGGUCUGGAGAGCUGUCUCCAGCUUUUGGGGCAGAGGAUGUGGGGCGUGCUCCUUUACUGCCACCCCGAGACCCAUUGUCUCAGCCCACUUCUAGGACUCCUAGCCCUAUGGCUUUUCAUGUGGGCUCACCACAACAGAGAUCCAACCUCUGUUCUCCCAUGUGCAUUGGGCUUUCUACUUCUCCAGGAAAACCUAUGCCAACCACGCAGAGCUUUGCUUCAGAUCCUAAGUAUGCUACCCCAAAGGUAAUACAAGCACAGGGUUCCAAAGGUCCUUGCAUCUUGCCUAUUGUAAAAGAUGGUAAGAAGGUUAGCAAUACUCAUUACUACCUUCUACCAGAAAGACCAUCAUACUUGGACAAAUAUGAGAAAUUUUUCAAGGAAGCCCGGAGUCCAGAAGAAUCUACAGUGAGCAAAAGCAUUACGACAGCUACUGUUAGGCCAAUGAUGCAGCAAACAGAUGUUAAAGCAAACUUUUCAUCUAACAACAGCAACUGUUCAUCCAAGAGUACUGUGAAGACCUCAUGUAGUUUGCAAAAAAUUGUUUACGAUGGCCCAGAUAAUUUCAGGCCCUCCGAAAAAAUCAGACUGGUUCAGGACAUGGUUCAUGGAGUGACCACAGAAGAAUGCCAGACAGCUCUACAGAACCAUGGCUGGAAUGUUCAGAAAGCUAUCCAGUACCUAAAGGUUGAACAGCUUUUCUGUCUCGGACUGAAGACCCGAGUGGAGUGUCACAAAGUGUUGGAGACAUUUGACUGGAAUCUGGAAACUGCUAGCUCUCACCUCCUGGAGUCAUACAACAGUUCACAGCAAAAGCGAUGAUUCAACACUUUUGUUGAGGAGACUCAAAUGCACAUUUUUAAUCUACCUGGACUAAUUUUCUCAAGACAUUUAUUGACUGAAGGGGACAUUACGGUGUGCCUCUCAUCUCAAAAUGUACCCAUACAGGGGGUUCCAUCAGCCGUUAAACCAACCCAGUGUUCUGCUACAUGGACAUGUGUUAAUGUUGCAUCUUUUCUUUUAAAUGUGUUUCCCGUUGUUGUUUUAUUUGAGAAAAAAUGCUGUUUUUAUAAAAAAAAAAGCGUAAUUUUAAUAUAUAUAAAUAUAUAUAAG